AUGGCUGCACCAGUGGAUCCCGUCUUUCACCACAAGUUCACAAUCCUGCCAGAGUAUUUCGUCGAUUACUAUGCAGUCGCAGAUGGGAGUCCUAGUGGCAAGGCAACUACACAGCCGGGCUUAGGCCUCCUCGACAAGGCUGUCGGAAGUCCUGGUCAGUGCCAAGAUAGCGGGGAGGGCAAGCCGUGGGAGCGUUUUGCUUCCCAUGUCAAUCAGCUCAAUAAAGAGAGCCCAGACGGUGUCGACUACAAGGUCUUGUACCUGACAAGGCACGGUUUGGGAUUCCACAAUGUCCAAGCCGCUAAAGUCGGAACUGCUGAGUGGGAUAGAUAUUGGUCUCGUCUCGACGGCGACGGCGUCGUCACGUGGCUUGAUGCUGAGCUCGUUGACACGGGUAUUCGCCAAGCGAGGGACCUUAAUGCCUUUUGGAAAGCAGUCACUACGGCAGAGGGUGUUCCAUUCCCUGAGUCCUUUUACACCAGCCCCUUGCGUCGGUGCCUCGAAACAAGCAAGCUCGCGUUUGGUAGCUUGGUGGAAGAGAGAGGCCAGGAAUUCACGCCUGUCAUUAAGGAGGGUUUAAGAGAGCGUAUGACGGACCACACAUGUGACAAACGGAGUUCCCGGACGUGGAUCAAAAGCGCUUACCCGACGUACACUAUUGAACCUGGCUUUACCGAAGAGGAUGAGCUGUGGAAAGCAGACCAGUUUGAGGAUACCGAGAGUCACGUUGCAAGGAAGCAGAAGGUUUUGGACGAGAUCUUUUCCACUGAUAAGAACCAGUUUAUGUCGUUGACUGUACAUUCAUAUGCCAUAGCUGCGAUCCUUCAAGUCGGUGGCCAAGAGGAGUUCAGGGUAAGAGAGGGUUCAUCCAUCGCCAUUCUUGUCCGGGGUGAGAGGACAACUCCUCCAGCCAGAUAG